AUGAACGUUCAAAACCUCGCAGCCUACGACCCCUUCGCCGAUCUCGGUGAAGAGCAAGUCAGACAGGAGGAGCAGGCUGCCAAGAAGAAGCAGCAGCAGCAGCAGAACUACGUCCACAUCCGUGUCCAGCAGAGGAACGGACGCAAGACGCUCACCACGCUCCAGGGUCUUCCCAAGGAGUGGGACCAGAAGAUGCUGCUGAAGGCCUUCAAGAAGGACUUUGCCUGCAACGGUACCAUUGUCGAAGACGAGGAGCUCGGACAGGUCAUCCAGCUCCAGGGCGACCAGCGCCAGAAGAUCGCCGAGUUCCUCGUCACCGAGGGCAUGCCCAAGAACGAGGUCAAGGUGCACGGUUUCUAA